AUGUCGUUCCGCUGGCACAAGAUCACAAGACUGGCUGCUCCAGUCUGCAUGCCAAAUAUCCUCCGGCAAGAUUCCCCAAGAACAUUAAACCAGAACAACUGGGCCAAGAAGUUUCCAUCCUGCAGCAACGCCAAGCAGUCUCCCAUCAACAUAGAACAGAACCUGGCCCAGGUGAAACUACAGUACCAGAAGUUGAGCUUUGAUGGCUGGGAGAAUCUGACAACUAACAGAACAACAAUCAAGAACGAUGGAAAGACUGUGACCGUCAAUGUGGAUGGUGACUUCUAUGUCAGUGGAGCAGGUCUCAGGUCAAAGGUCAAGGUGGGGUGCAUCACUUUCCACUGGGGGUGCUGCAAUGCUUCUUCAGAGGGCUCAGAACAUAGUCUGAAUGGUGUCAAAUACCCUCUAGAGAUGCAAAUAUACUGUUAUGACCCACUUCGAUUUGAUUCUUUGGAUGAAAGCAUCAAGGCUGGAGGCAGAAUCACAGCACUCGCUGUUCUAUUUGAGAUAAGCACUGAAGACAACAUGAACUACGCUGCUAUAAUAGAAGGCAUCAACAGUGUGAGCAGAUAUGGAAAGAGUGCCAGGGUUUCACCCUUCACUCUGCAAGGUCUUCUGCCAAACUCCACUGAAAAAUACUUUAUCUAUAAUGGCUCUCUGACUACGCCACCUUGCGGCGAGAUUGUUGAGUGGAUUAUCUUCAAGAACACAGUAGCCAUCUCCGAUGACCAGCUGGUAAUGUUCUGUGAGGUGAUGACAAUGCAGCAGGCUGGAUAUGUGAUGCUGAUGGACUACCUGCAGAACAACUACAGGGAGCAGCAGGAGCAAUUUAUGGGUCUGGUGUUCUCCUCUUAUACGGGCACUGAGGAGAUCUUCACACGGGUCUGCAGUUCAGAACCGGAGAACAUCCAGGUGGCACCACAUAACCUUAGCAGCCUGCUGGUGACAUGGGAAAGGCCACGGGCAGUGUAUGACUCCAGCAUCGACAAGUACUCAGUCAACUACAGACUAGCUAGUACAGAGAAUGCUGUCUCAUCUGAAUACCUGACUGACGGAGACCAGGAUGUGGGUGCGAUACUUGAUGACCUCUUGGCCAACACCAGUUAUAUGAUCCAGGUUGUGGCGGUGUGCUCCAACGGUCUGUACGGACGUUCAAGCAACCCAUUGAUGGUUGUCAUGCCCAUUGACAACCCUGAAAAUGCACUGGAUCCAGCUUCUUAUGAAUAUAGUAAUGAGGUCAAGUAUGAUCCAGAUCUUACCUGGGACGAAAUAGGACAAACUAAGGACUACGAUCUGGAUUGGAGUGCAACAAACUUGCAGAGGACAACAACUUCUGAAUCACCUUUUUUGCUUUUGCCUACUAUUAGAACUACAACAGUAGAGUCGGGCCACAGGAAAGUUUCCAAGGAUCCAGUUCCUCCUCUUAGAUCCACUCAAUCUGGUCAAGUGUUGAGCAAUUCUGAAGAGAUGCAACAACAUAGUACCUCCAUGUGGUCACUAGAAAUGACCCUGCCACCAGAAACAAGGGGAAGAGCUAACUUCAAUGCCAAUGCUCUGUUUAAUUUAACCAAAACAACCAAAGAAAACUCACUUCAUACCACCACUGCUCCUUUGCACCGCACGAUAAAAAUAGAUGGUGUUCAUGGAGGCAUUACCCUAAACGGAAAAGGCAAAAUAAAGGGAGGUAUAAGUACCACUGCUCCCACAGUCACCACUUCAAAGGCUGAUUACAUUAAUAGAGGAUUAAGUCAACAAGAUUAUUCUGGAAAAGUAACUACCACUACUCCUACAAUUACCAGUGCAAAGACCAAAGAAGGUAAUGUUUCUCAAUCAGGCAACACUGAAACCAAUGUCAUGUCUCAUAUAAGUAAUGUGAGCAGCACAACAUCGUCUUCUACAUCCUUCAUCCAAACCAAGACUGAUCCACGUUUGGCACGCCCAACAAACAAAGACAACACCACUGAUAGAAGUCUUUCUACUAAGCCCAGAGGUAUUCCAGAGAUCCAGGCAGAAAGCUCAACUUCCAAACCUUCCUCUUCACCUACCAAAACAUCUGUCCAAUUAAGCCGCAUUCUCGUGCAGACCACAAAGCCACUGUCCAAUGGUGAGAGCCUAUUUGUGUUCCCCUCAACUUCCUCCUCCUUCACCUCCUCUCCUUUGUGUGACGCCGUGGAUUCCAGCUGUGCCUCUUCCACCUGCUUGCAUGAUCCUACCUCCUCUUGGCCUGUAUUGUCUCCCUUGGACUCACAGCUUACUGCUACAUCCCUGUCACCUGUCAAAGACCCAGUUUCCCAGGCUUCAGUCUUCACGCUAUCUGCCUCUACCCUGCCUUACCUCCCUCACCCCUCACACUCCCUGUCUGGUUGGGCGACUGACCCUGUCUUUCAUGGUGUUGGGUUUGAUGAUACUGAUAGCAAUGAUGAUGUGUUGUCUGGAUCUUCAAGUAAUCCCUCAGUAUUUAGCAGUACACCUCCACUCCAAGCACUUCUAGACCCGUCUGCUAUUGUUUUCACCACCAAGCUCUCUGAAUCUUCCUGGGAUCAGUCUCUCUCAGCAGCAUCUCUGUCUGUCAUCCCCACCCUAGAACCUUCGGUUCAUCUGUCUAGUAACCGCUUCCUUUUUGACCCUACCCUGGGAUUAUCUAGUUCUUUCUCAUCUGUUUUUGACAAUUCAAGAUAUGCCACAGGGAAAACAAUAGAGACUUUUCUCAAAGAGGGCAGUGGUGACAGGUUUCCAUUAGUUAGCGAUGUGCAUGCCCUGUGUGACUGCUCUUUGGAGCCAUCAGCAUCCUCCCCUUGGUUGCAUUUGUUAAAUGUUGAAUUGUCCUCCUCAGCCUGGGACUCUAUAAGUUUAGAGCUUUACUCAAGUUUGGGCUUCCUUUCAGCCACUCAUGUUGACUUUGACAAUUUUCUACACUCUUUAUCUGUGGUGGGCUCUGAUGGUCUGUCCUUAGGUCAGCCACUGUCAUCCCAUAGUGCUAUCUUGCCUUCAUCAUCUUCUUCACACUCCCAGGUUCUCCAAGCCACCCAAAGUGACCUGCCAAUUUCUGUUGCAGCCACAGCAUCUGCCAUCAUGGAAUCCUGGUUCUCUGUAUCAUCUGUGCUAACUCCUUCACCCACAGCCUCCCCCACCACUCUCGCUUCAGAGGGACAGGUGAUAGACACCAGUACCAGUGCAUCUGGCUCAGGCCUGUUCCCCGACUCCCAGGAGGGCAUAGAUCAGGAGUGGGACAUGGUUCAAACUUCAACCUCUGGGGAGAACACGCUCCCUUACUCGAUGAACGUUAUUAGCAGUGCUUCCCCAUCUAGCUCCUCAGAGGCUGGCCAGAACCCAGACGAUCUGGAUGAACACUCCUCAGCAUUUUAUUUUGAAAGUGAGAGUAGCAAUGCAUUGGGCUUCGAGGUAGGAGACACGACAACGGAAGCAGUAACCUCUGCUUCACAUUGGUCGCUAGGUAGGGAGGAUGGGAGCAGCUCAGGGCAGAGUGAAAGCCUCUACGACAACGAGACAUCUUCUGACUUCAGUAUCUCUGAGCACACAGAAAGGGAGUUGACAGAAGAGGAGCCAGUAGCAGAUGCUAGUAACAGCAGCCACGAGUCGAGAGUUGGUUCAAUCAGGGAACAAGAGAGGAAGGCUGUGGUUCCUUUGGCUGUCAUCUCCACUCUCACCGUCCUCGGCCUGAUUGCUCUCAUCUGUGUUCUCGUCUACUGGCGGUUGUGUUUCCAGUCGGCUCACUUUUACAUCCAUGACAGCUGCUCAACCAGAGUCAUCACAGCACCAGACACUGCUAUAUCUGGUGAGCACAGGGCUUUUCCAGUGAAGGACUUUGUCAAGCAUGUUGCUGAACUUCACCACACUCAAAGCUUCAAACGAGAGUUUGAGACACUGAAGCCCAGUUACGAGGAGGCACAUGUGUGCACUGUGGACAUAGUGAUGUCUACUGACAACGCAAAUCAUCCAGACAGCAAGACUGAAAACAGACACAGCAACAAUUCGGCCUAUGAUGAUACCCAGGUACACCUCUCACUAUUGGCCAACAAAAAAGGAAAAGCAAUGGAUUACAUUAACGCAAGCUACGUGGAUGGUUUUAAGAAGCCAAGGUUGUACAUUGCUGCUGAGGGGCCUGUGAGGUCGAGCAUUGAGGACUUCUGGAGGAUGAUAUGGGAGCAGAACAUCUGCAUCAUCGUCUUGAUCAGCAACCUGGUGGAGAAAGGAUGCAGAAUAUAUGAUCAGUACUGGCCACUAGAGGUGCAGGAGGAGUACGGCAGCUUUCUUGUGACUGUGAAGAGCACUAAAGUCCUCGCCUACUACACCCAGAGAACCUUCACCAUCAGAAAAAUCCAGAGUUCUCAGAAGGGGCGGGCCAAGGAGGGGGCCAAUGAGCGGACUGUGACACAGUAUGAUUACACCCAGUGGCCUGACACUGGCGUUCCAGACUUAGCUCUGCCAUUCCUAUGCUUCAUCCGCAAGUCGUCCAGAGCCAGGACAGAUGACAUGGGGCCACUGAUGGUUCACUGCAGUGCUGGUGUUGGCCGGGUGGGCACAUACAUUGUCCUGGACAGCAUGCUGACGCAGAUCCAAAAUGAGGGCUCCGUCAACAUCAUUGGCUUCCUUAAACACAUUCAAACUCAGAGGAAAUGCCUGGUGCAGACAGAGGAACAGUAUGUUUUUAUUCACAAUGCCCUGGUGGAAGCCAUCUUGUCUGGUGAGACAGAGGUGGCAGUGGCUCAACUGCAUACGUACGUGGACAAGCUGAUGACCCCAGGGCCUGAUGGAGGAACAGGGAUGGACAAACAGUUCAAGAUGGUUUGUUACACCAAUCUGAAGCACUGUGACUAUUCCACAGCUCUGCAGGACUGCAACCACAACAAGAACAGAAACUGCUCGGUGAUACCCAUUGAGAGGUCACGAGUGCAUUUGCCAACAACAGCAGGGGAAACAUCAGACUACAUUAAUGCAUCAUAUAUCGCAGGUUACAGGCACACCAAGGAGUUCAUCAUUACCCAGAAACCCUUGCCUGUCACCGUAAAGGACUUCUGGACAAUGAUGUGGGACCACAAUGCUCAAGUCAUUUUGUCACUGCCUGGGAUGGAGGAAGAAGCAGAGUCAUUUGUUUUCUGGCCUUAUAAAGGGCAGCUGAUCAGCCAUGAGAAGUUCACUGUCACUCAAAAGAGUGAGACUCAUGUUUGUCUGUCCAACGAGGACCUGCUGGUAGUUCAGGACUACAUACUGAAAGCUACAAAGGAUGACUACGUUCUUGAGGUGAGACACUAUCAUGCUCCCAACUGGCCAAACCCAGACAGUCCUCUCACUUCCACCUUUGAACUUCUCAAACUGAUGAAGGAAGAGAUCCUCACAAAGGACAGCCCUACUGUGGUCCACGAUAAUGUGGGUGGGUUUACAGCAGGACUGUUCUGUGCUCUUUCGUCUCUGACUCGCCAGUUGGAUGCCGAAGCGUCAGUGGAUGUCUUCCAAGUAGCCAGGCUGAUGAAUCUCAUGAGACCUGGAACCUUCAACAACAUCGAGCAGUACCAGUUCUUGUACAAAGCCAUGCUGAGUCUCAUCGGGACACAAGAAGACAAGAAAACUCAGUCCUUUGACGCUAACGGGACCAUUGUGACAGAAACCACCAGCAUGGCUGAAAGCAUUGAUUCCCUGGUGCCAACGAAUAAAUAAAACCAACAAAAAAAUACUACACUUUUACAAAUGAGCAACAGCAUUUCGUCCCUUCCCUGAAACCGCCAACAGAGCUGCUAGUGAAUCCAGACUCUCGCUACAAUCACUCAAGAAAUCUUGUCAUUCAAGACUCUGCCUUUUGUAGAUUGAGACUGGUAUGAGUUUCCUCUAUACAGUUUUGUAAUGUGUGCCUUUUUGCUCAUCUUGGAUUUCUAACUGUGAUAUGAGCUGUAGACUAAUUGUUCAAUGUUUUUAAUGCUGUACUGCCCUGAGACUAACUGUCAACGCCAAUCUUAUAUUUAUUGGCGCUGAGCCAAAUGUGGGGAAAAAGGGAAAAGCCGCAUCUUUUGACAUCAAAUGUUAAGGUCAAAGGAAAGACUCUUUGUCAGACUCUUUCAAUAUUGAUUUUGUUAAUGUGUCUUUAACAGAGUACUUGCUCUGUUAAAUGUAAAUUCUGUUAAAUUGGUGUAGCAUGCUGAAGUCAAAUAUAAAAUAAGGGUAUCGAAUAGUAGAUUAAUGUACUGUAAAUAAUAUUAUAAUAAUACCCUGAAUGGACCAAAUUUCUAUUUAUGCUUUUCACCUUUGCUUUUAUUUUUGAAAGGUUUAAUUCUAAUUGCCUAGCUGCUUUUAUACUAUGGAUUUUGUAACAGUCAUGCAUGGGUACUGACCUUUUUGUUUUUUUGGUUUGUUUUUUAGCUAUAAAGGAAUCGCUGCUGGCUUAUUAGCUAAGGGAUUAAAUAAGGGAAGGAACACCAAA